CUGCCGGCCGCGUCGUACGUCGAGCACCAGAAGGAGACGGCCACCUCUGCUCCCCGCUUCCCUGCCUGCAGGCCACCUCAGCUCCCCGCUCCCCUGCCUGCCGCCGCCGUCACGAUCAGGAACGACGUCAAUGUCAAGAAGGAGACGGUUCGGAUCGAGGAGGAUGAGGAGAAUCCCGGACUCGGAAUUGCGCUCCAACUGUUCGACAAAAUUCCGGAGAGAGUGAGUGAGAAGUGGGGGGAAAAAAUGAGAGAUUUCCCCUCUUGUUUCGGCGAGAAUGGAGUUCAGGUAGCUGAUUCUUCUUCUUCUGCCUCGUCUUCAACCGCCACUAAAACUGCUCAGAAUCUAGUCACUUGCUUGUACCAAUGUCGAAUCCGUGGCCGUUCCUGCUUGAUCACUGUCUCCUGGACCAAAACCUUGAUGGGUCAAGGACUAACCCUCGGAAUCGACGAUUCUUCUAAGCAGUGUCUUUGCAAAGUCGAGAUUAAACCCUGGUUAUUCUCCAAGAAGAAGGGGUCGAGGAGUCUAGAAGCUUACUCCUGCAAAAUCGACAUCUAUUGGGAUCUCUCUUCAGCGAAAUUCGGAUCUGGUAACCCUGAACCACAGCUAGGGUUCUACGUCGCAGUUGUAGUAGACAAGCAAAUGGUUCUCCUUCUCGGGGACAUGACUAAAGAAGCCUUCAAGAAAACCAACGCCAGUGCCAUUUUGCCUCUUACUUCCCCUGCUGUAUUUGUAGCCAAGAGGGAACAUCUCUUUGGUAAGAAAGUGUUCACCACCAAGGCUCAAUUCUGUGACAACGGCCAGGUUCACGAUCUCGUCCUCGAAUGUGACACAGUUGGGGUCAGCGAUCCGUGCCUCAUGGUUCGAGUGGACUGCAAGACGGUGUUGCAGGUGAAGCAGCUGAAGUGGAAGUUCCGUGGCAACCACACAAUAUUGGUCGAUGGUUUAGCUGUUGAGGUUCUGUGGGAUGUUCAUAAUUGGCUGUUUGGAGGUGGUGGUUCACUAGGGAAUGCUGUGUUUAUGUUCAGGACGUGCCUCGAGAAACUGUGGGGUGGAGGAAGCCAGCAGCAGCACGAUGAUGAUCCGAGUUCAUUGACUUGGUCGUCAUUCUCACAGAGAUUUGUGGACUGCAAGUCACAUCAAAAUCCUGAUUUUAAGCUGGUUUUGUAUGCUUGGAAGAGUGAAUAGUUUGAGAGUCUAUAUCAGUGAGUUGGUCAUUUUGGAGUCAUUAUGUAAUUGAUUUACACUUAGUUUUCGCGAUUGAUCAAACACGGUCCAUUUUUCGUUUCCUGAGUAACUUGAGCAGUCGAAUGGAUCAAAUACAAAAUUUUUUGUUCUAUAUUUUACUUGCUGUACGUUUCUUGUUUCAUCUGAGGAAAACACUUUGAAGUGUUCAAGAUCACAAGCCUCCAUGGUGAAUUAUUGUGCAGUUAACUAUUGCUGCUGUACUUAAAUGGGAUCUCACCUAGUGGAACAGCUCCAUUUGUUCUU